AGCUCGACGGUCGUAAUCACUUGGGCCGUUUCAAUUACAGUGCCGGAGGCGUGGGUAGAAACAUUUGCGAAGCCCUAGCGAAAUUGGGCUGUCGAUCGGACUUCAUUUCGGCCAUUGGCGGCGACCAGCAGGGGCAAAUUCUACUCGGUCAAAUACCGAAAGCUUCCAGAAAAUUCGUCAAGAAAAUCCCGAAAGCCAGCACCGCUCAGUGUAUUGUUGUGCUGGACAAAAAUGGCGACUGUUCGUUUUUGAUGGGCGACAUGGGGAUUCACAAGGAAAUUUCACCGGAAAUGAUUGAACAACAUGAGGACAUCAUCAGGACAUCUCCACUUUUAAUAAUGGACGGAAAUAUUUCCAAAAUGGCUUUAAGUUUAGCUGACAAGCACAAAGUUCCAGAUCAAAAGACGAUGAGAUCGACCCCAAUUGUGUAGUUAGAGCGAGAGGACUUCCUUGGCAAAGUAGCGACCAAGACAUUGCCAAAUUUUUUAGAGGACUUAAUGUUGCCAAGGGUGGAGUAGCCCUUUGUCUAUCGAGUCUGGGUAGGCGUAACGGUGAAGCUCUGGUGCGGUUCGAGUCGCAAGAGCAUCGCGACACAAGCACCACAUCGGCCCUAGAUACAUCGAAGUGUACCGAGCCACAGGCGAAGAUUUUCUUUCCGUAGCUGGUGGAAGUAGCUGCGAAGCCCUGGCGUUCCUCAGCAGAGGCGCGGCGGUCAUAGUCCGCAUGCGCGGCUUGCCCUAUGACUGCAGUGCGCAACAAGUGCUCGACUUUUUCUCCUCUGGUGAAAAUGCCUGCACAGUCAUGGACGGUUUGGACGGAGUGUUGUUCGUCAAGAAGCCCGACGGACGAGCUACCGGUGACGCUUUCGUCUCGUUUGCUGACGAAUCAGACGCCCCAAAAGCUCUGGCGAAACAUCGGAAAGUUAUCGGUUCUAGGUACAUCGAGUUGUUCAGGUCAACGACUGCCGAAGUUCUAAUGAAGAUGCUUAACCGAUCCAUAAUGAUGGAACCACCACCAACGCCCCAGUUGCCACCUAUGCCGAUGCCCAACUAUCCUUUACUGCCUCAGCACGUAAUCAUGUCAGGGACAAGGAAGGAUUGUGUCAGGUUACAGGGACUGCCUUAUGAAUCCCAAGUGGAACAUAUUCUGGACUUUCUGGGUGAAUACGCAAAGAACAUUAUGUACCAGGGCGUGCAUAUGAUUAAUAACGAACAGGGUCAGCCUAGUGGUGAAGCUUUCAUACAAAUGGAUUCUGAACAGUCGGCAUUCGUCACAGCUCAACAGAAGCACCACAGGUACAUGAUCUUCGGAAAGAAGCAAAGUUACAUUGAAGUGUUCCAAUGUUCCGGAGAAGAUAUGAACCUGGUGCUUACUGGAGGUUUACCAGCUCCAACGUCGCCGGCCAAAGCAACAGCACCAGCGCCCACUCAUAUUCCCCCUUCCGCGACCCAAUCGGCCCUUUGGGACCCCGCUCUAUUGCAAGCGCAACAACAAGCGCAAAUGAUCGCGCAGCAAAAUUUAAUUGCGCGUCAAACGCAAGCGCACGCUCAAAGCGAAAUGUUGCUCAUGAAUCAAAUCGCUCACUCGCAAGGCAAUUUAGCCAUGCUACCGUCGCCGUUGUCUCCUGGAAACGCCGCCGCCAAACCUCCACCGGGUAGUCCUGCCGGGUGCAUGCCAGGGUUACAACAAUUUAUUCACAUGAUGCCUGCUCAGAAUCCUUAUGUCGCUUUCUUGCCCCGCCUUCCCGCGUAUUUUUCUAGAAAUUGUGGGCCUAUGUCGCCUUAUUUUGGUCUGCUUGGUCCACAGUUUCCUCCGACACCGGGUUUGUUACCGAUGGUACCCCAUGCGUCUAUGAAAAGGAGCUACGGCGAUGCUUUCCAGGAGCAAGCGGCUACGGCUAAAAGAGCUUACGUGCCUUCAGCGGCUACGAGUACCGGUUCGGCUAGUGCCAAUGUUGUACCGAUGUAUCAACAUUUUUAUUCGCCCAUGUAGAGUUAGGCGCGUGCGACCAACAAUAAUUAAUAUUUGACAAUAAUGAGGAUUUUGAUAUUUAUAUAUAUUUUUAUGAUAUUAUUCUUGCAAAAAAAAAAAAUAAGAUUCUCGAUGAGUUUGCAUCUAGACAAAAAUUUGUCCUAAAAGUUUAUAUUUCCCUUCAAAGUAUCAUAGAUUAUUUGAUUGUGGGUAUAGACAAGAAAAUACUUUAUUUCCAUCCCUAAGAUGCAGGCUAAAUGAAAAAAAAAAACUACUUUAUACAUUUUUCUUAAAUUUUUCGUUUGUAUUUUCUUUUUUAUAUAUUUUGUAUAUAGUUUCGAAAGAACGUAACUUUAUUUUUUACAUAGGUUUAGCUAGGUUAUAGUACUUAAAAAAUAGCUUUAUUGUUAUUUUAUUAAAGCUUUGUUGCUACUUUAUUAUACAAGUUAUACAUUUUUGAAACAGUUGAUGUUAUGUUGAUAAUGAUUACAGUGCCGAAAAAAUCUUACAGAGGUAUUUGUGAUUUUUAAUGGAACAAACUUAACUAAAUAACGAUACAUGAAAUUAAAUACCAAAAUUCGAUUUCUUCUUCCUCUGUCGUCAAACAACAGCCACAAUUAAGUAUUUCCACUACCUAAACACUUUUCCUCUAUACAAAGAUAAGCAAGGGUGUGAAGUUUUCUGUAUCCUAAUUUUUAUCAGUGUGCACUGUGUAUCUGAAAUCCUACUCUAUAUUUCAUUAUUAUUAUUAUUUUGAUAAGCUAAACAAUAAAACAUAAUAUAUAAAUUAUAUUUUCAAUACUGAAAAAAAAAAAAAAUAGCAAUUAAGUGCUUUAAUGACAACUUAAGUUUAUUUUUUAUACAAUUUAUUAUAAGAAUCAUAGGAAGUAGUGACACUACUCCUAUUGCCAAUCAGUCGAGGAGGUUUUUCUCCGUAAACUGAUGAUGGUUUAAUUUGACAGCUCUCUUGUGGCAGCUAAGAAAUGUAGGUUAGUGAUUACUUAUCAUUUUUAUUAUUUAAGAUUAAAAAAAAGCUCAAGCUUCAAUUAUUAUGAGAAAAUCCUUUCUCGAUGAAGUUAGUGAUCACUCCGUAUAUACUUACUACUAUUUGAAAAAAAAAUAUAUAUAUAGUAGAUUAUUGGUUGUGCCGCCUAGACACUUAUUAACUCUACAAUUCAACAAAAAUAAUACAAAUAAAUAGAGCUGGGUUCCAAAAAAAAAAGGUCCACAUAUCCCUGGUUAUAGAAUUUAUUUGAAUCAGGUGUCGGUUUUUAAAACGUGAUAUUUUUGACAUUCCAAUUUUUGUUGUUAUUUAAAUUUUAUUGAUAAAUGAAAAUUGAUAAUAUGUAUUGCAUAUGUAAUCGAUCAAUUUUCAUUAAAAAUUUGAAAUUCUUCCUUAAAAAUCAGGCAUCUGUUAAUGUCAUAUAACUUUUGCAAAACUAACGGCUAAAGGGUAUUUUGUUUAUUUUUUUGUUUUGUAAUAAGAUUAAAAUUAUUGUUGGAUAGAGGUUGGUCAUUGGCAACUAAAUUUACUAUUUUUCUAUACACAACGAACGCGAGGCUUUUUCCUGUCUGAAUUUAUUUACAACUGAAAUCGUUUUUUUAGGCUUUAAUCAAUGUUUUUUCGUUUGGAAGGUUGUUUGGCUAGUCUAUAUGCUAGUUCAGCUCUCUGGCCUUGGUUAAAAGAAUCGGUCCUGAUGUAAUAGUUUAUUGAAAUUGUUUUGUACAAAUUACUAAAAGUUUGUUUAUUCUAAAUAUAUUACAUAUUAUUAUUGGGUUUAAUUAAUUAUUAUUAGUUUUAUUAGAUUAGCAAAAAAUACUGUCACAAUAAGCUAAACGUCCGCCAGGCUGUCAAGAAUCGAUCGUGGAAAUACUAGAAUCUAGCGAAUUAUUCUACUUUAAUCUGGAAAAUUAGAUUAUCGUGUGUAUUCUAGAUUUCACAGGAAUAGAUUUAGGGAUAUAUAAGAAGGCCGGCCGUGAUACGAUUUAAAUAGUGAUUGUAAAGAGUUUAAUUGUUGAGUUUUUUAAUAAAGUAAUUAGUGUCAGAGUGUUUUGUUAAGUGGAAUAAAUUAUUGCUGUGUUAAUUGGACUUUGAUUUUUGGAAUAAACGAAACGAACAACGAACCCAAGAUUUUUGUCAGCAGGCAACCCAAAGCCGCGACAGUGGUGUCAGGAGUGGGAUAUAAAGGACUGCAGAGUGAAAUCCAAUUACGGAAGUGCACUAGUGUAGUAUAAAAACUGAACACUACGUGAACACUGGGACAGUUAAUGCAGUGCAAAUAGUGACAAUCACAAAAAGAGACUUAACCGAUCGUGUGAAUUACCCCGGAAGUGACUCUAUACCCGAUUUAGACUGUGAUAGUGAAUCUUCGAGUGAGUUCUAGAAAAUUCUAUUUGGAAACUAAGGGAGAUAUCGAAAUUGUGACUUCACCGACGUAUUUGCUGUAUCAAUCGACAUCUAGAAAAGAAGUUUCAAGAAAAUUCCAGAACAUUCUAUUCUAGAAUAAAGCAAGUUAUCCAAUUUGUGACUUCACCGGCGUGUUUGGAACUUCGAGCAAAGACCAGAAAAGAUAUUUGAAGAAAAAUCGAGGGAAAUUCUAGAACAUUCUGUAUAUGCCUAUCACAAGACAACAAGCCAAAAUGGACGAACAAAAAGUUGAAGAACUUCUGCGCAAAAUGUUGGAACUUCAAGAGACCAAACGACAACAAGAAAAACAAGAAGAAGAAGCUAGACGACAACAAGAACGGCAAGAAGACCUUGGAAAACUACAGAAGAUAUUCCAAACCAUACAAGGAACUGUCGCUAACCUAGACCAGAAGAUUAAAAAAGUUAAAGACGAUGUGCAAGAAGUUAAACACGACGUCCAGGAAGUAAAAACCGAGGGGGUAACAUCAUCAGUGAUGCCAGGUCUGGUGAAAUUUCACCAGAUCUGGUGAUUUUAUGAAAAAUCUGGUGAUUGGUCAAAAUUUUUUUGAAAAAUAGCAAUUUCUGGUGAUUUUGAAAUUUCAUAAAUUUUGAAUAUUUUUAACAAUGGCAUACACUUUAUAAACAUCCCUCGUAAUGUAUUAAAAUUUUACUUCAUUAUACAAAUUUCAUUUGUUUGACAGAAAACCAAAUACCCAUAAGUGGUGUGUGAGGAGGUCCUUUAAUUUUUAUAUAAAUUUGUAUUUGUUCUUUUGAUAUACCUAUUUAUAUAUGUUUCCCUUUCUAUAUUUCAAUUUCUGUUUAUUCCAGGCUCUUGUUGCUAUUGGCCGGUUAUUUUUCAAGUUGGCAACAUGUAUUUUGUUUGGCCAGUGGCGUUGCUUAUGGAUUUCAGUCAAACCAAUCAUAUUUUCAAAAUUUUGACUUUUCCAAUUUAUUUAGCGGUUUUAAAUUAAUCGAAAAAAAUUCUAACAUCACUUUCAAAAUGGCGAAUUCAAAAAGCUAAAAAAUCACAAUUUUCGUUCUGGAAUUUUUUUUAAAAUCUUGACAAGGUUAGGAAUAAUGGCCAAUAUCUUCGAAGAAAUUUGAACAAAUCAAAACAAAUUAUAUAUGGUUGGAAAGAGCAUCAAAUUCUCUAUAAAUCAGUGCUAGAUUGAGUUUAAUAACCUGAAUAUUUUUAGAGCAAUUCAGCUUCAAAGUUGGAUUUUAGUUAAAAUUUAGUCAAAAACUUCAAGCUCGAUUUUCUCAAAAACCGUAAAUGCCAACGACUUCAACUAAGCACCAUUUCAAAACUCCCAUUAAGGGCUACAAUACCAAAAAAAAUGGACCUAAAAUCUUUCACGGGUUUCGAGAAAAUUGAGUUUGAAAAUUUUGAAAUUAAAAUCCAAAGGGGUUAGACCCUUUGAAAAAAUCGAAAUUUUUAUUUUUCAGAUUUUUUGAAUUUUGACUUUUCCAAUCGAUAGAGCGAAUCUAAAUUAGUCGAAAAAAACUCUAACUUCAUUUCCAAAUCUCGAUUUCAAAAGAGAAAAAAAAUCAAAAAGAAAAUCUCAAUUUUCAGGUUUAAAUUUUUUUAAAAUCCUAACAAAGUUAGGAGCAAUUGCCAAUACUUCCAUUAAAUUUUGAGUAAAUCAAAAUAAAUUAUAUAUGGUUGGAAAGAGCAUCAAAUUCUCUAUAAAUCAGUGCUAGAUUGAGUUCGAUAACUUGAAUACUUUUAGAGCAAUUGAGCCUCAAAGUUGGAUUUUAAUUAAAAUUUAGUGAAAAACUUCAAACUCGAUUUUCUCAAAAACCGUAAAUGUCAGCGACUUCAACUAAGUACCAUUCCAAAGCUCUCAUUAAGGGCUACAAUCCUUAAAAAAAAUGGACCUAAAAUCUUUCACGGGUUUCGAGAAAAUUGAGUUUGAAAAUUUUGAAAUUAAAAUCCAAAGGGGUUAGACCCUUUGAAAAAAUCGAAAUUUUUAUUUUUCAGAUUUUUUGAAUUUUGACUUUUCCAAUCGAUAGAGCGAAUCUAAAUUAGUCGAAAAAAACUCUAACUUCAUUUCCAAAUCUCGAUUUCAAAAGAGAAAAAAAAUCAAAAAGAAAAUCUCAAUUUUCAGGUUUAAAUUUUUUUUAAAUCCUAACAAAGUUAGGAGCAAUUGCCAAUACUUCCAUUAAAUUUUGAGUAAAUCAAAAUAAAUUAUAUAUGGUUGGAAAGAGCAUCAAAUUCUCUAUAAAUCAGUGCUAGAUUGAGUUCGAUAACUUGAAUACUUUUAGAGCAAUUGAGCCUCAAAGUUGGAUUUUAAUUAAAAUUUAGUGAAAAACUUCAAACUCGAUUUUCUCAAAAACCGUAAAUGUCAGCGACUUCAACUAAGUACCAUUCCAAAGCUCUCAUUAAGGGCUACAAUCCUUAAAAAAAAUGGACCUAAAAUCUUUCACGGGUUUCGAGAAAAUUGAGUUUAAAAAUUUUGAAAUUAAAAUCCAAAGGGGUUAGACCCUUUGAAAAAAUCGAAAUUUUUAUUUUUCAGAUUUUUUGAAUUUUGACUUUUCCAAUCGAUAGAGCGAAUCUAAAUUAGUCGAAAAAAACUCUAACUUCAUUUCCAAAUCUCGAUUUCAAAAGAGAAAAAAAAUCAAAAAGAAAAUCUUAAUUUUCAGAUCUAAAUUUUUAAAAAAUUCUGACAAAGUUAGGAGCAAUUGCCAAUACUUCCAUUAAAUUUUGAGUAAAUCAAAAUAAAUUAUAUAUGGUUGGAAAGAGCAUCAAAUUCUCUAUAAAUGAGUGCUAAAUUGAGUUUGAUAACGUGAAUACUUUUAGAGCAAUUGAGCCUCAAAGUUGAAUUUUAGUUAAAAUUUAGUCAAAAUCUUCAAACUCGAUUUUCUCAAAAACCGUAAAUGUCAGCGACUUCAACUAAGUACCAUUCCAAAGCUCUCAUUAAGGGCUACAAUCCUUAAAAAAAAUGGACCUAAAAUCUUUCACGGGUUUCGAGAAAAUUGAGUUUGAAAAUUUUGAAAUUAAAAUCCAAAGGGGUUAGACCCUUUGAAAAAAUCGAAAUUUUUAUUUUUCAGAUUUUUUGAAUUUUGACUUUUCCAAUCGAUAGAGCGAAUCUAAAUUAGUCGAAAAAAACUCUAACUUCAUUUCCAAAUCUCGAUUUC